AUGGUGAUGUGCUUGGAAGCAUGCCCCCAUCGUCCACCUCCACAGCACUUCCUUCCAAGAGUAUCAGGAUUUCCGGAGCUACGCGUCCAAGGUUCUGUCCCUCCGCUACAAUCUCAACGUCCAGAAGCUGAGCUACAUAGACUGCCACAGUAG